UUACAUCAAAAUACCUUCGAGAAAGUUUACAAAUCCAAGUUCUAUCGCUAUUGAUGUUCAAGCUGAAGAUUGUGCGACUGCAUGUAGUGCUUCAAAUGAGUGUCUCUCAUUCCAGGAAUGUGGAUACUCAUGUACUUUCGGUGGUUAUUAUACUGAUUCAAUGUCAACAAAAAGCGACGAUUGCAAUAUUUAUAUUCCAAAAGUUUCACAUAAAUUCGCUUUCAAUGGAAAGAAAAUAAUCUCUGACGUUUUCCACGCCGAGGUUAAUCUAAAUUUGGACCAAUGUGCUGCUCUUUGUCAUAGUUGGACAAAUGCUGACGAAUCUUGUAAAUCGUUCAACUAUUGUCCUCAAAAUAAUGCAACUUCCUCAUGUAGCCUAACUAAAUAUUCAAUCAAAGAUAAAACGAUUCAAAUCAGUGAUUCAAAUGUUUGCCAGAAUUAUGAGCUGAAACAAAAAUCGAAAAAGGCUAAAAACGAAGAUCAAAUCAAAACCACUGGAGGAAUGAAUGGAAAAACUGCUUUCGGCUUAAUCAUAUUGUUCAUGACGAUUGGACUUUUAAUUGGAUUCGCUUUUCCUUUAUUCAUUUAUGGUAAAUUGUCAACAUCAAUAACCCAAAGAAUAUCAUCAAGUGAACAAGCAACUAAAUCAUUCACAUGGUCCAAACAAGUCGAUGAUGUCGAUGAAAAAUCUGUAAUCUGAUUCGAUAAAAUAAAAUAUUAUUAUCACUCUUUAAAAUUAAAAUCGAAAA